UUGAUCGAUUUUGUGCUGAACUUCAAUAUGUCAGCUUCUAUAAAACGACCGGCAAAUUCUGUCGAAGAAAAUCCAAUCAAAUUGUCUACCUUCAAAGCUAAUGAGCAUUCUUUAAACAAAUUUAAGGAAUGGAUUACAGAAAACUCUUUCAAUCUAAGUCCUAAAGUGAAGGUAGGAAACGAGGGUUCUUGUGCUCAAUAUGGUGCUGUAGCCUUAGAGGAUAUAGAGGAAGGAGAGUGCCUGUUUCAGAUACCAAGAUCCUGUUUGUUAAUGCCACAAACAUCUACUAUAUCACAACAGAUACAAAAUGAAAUAGACAGUUUGAAGAGUAGCAGUGGCUGGGUUCCUCUCCUCCUCUCUCUGAUGUAUGAGUACAAUAAUCCUCAGUCUAAGUGGAGACCAUACCUUGAUCUUGUACCAGACUUCAAACAAUUAGAUCUACCCAUGUUUUGGACUGAAACAGAGAGAAAAUCUCUUCUAAAAUGCACAGGGGUAAUAGAAGCUGUUGAUAAAGACUUGAAGAACAUUUCUACUGAGUUCAACGACAUUGUUUUGCCAUUUGUAAAGAAGCAUUCAGAUUUAUUUGGAGAAUGUAGUGUUAGCCUUGAGUUUUACAAGCAGAUGGUGGCUUUUGUGAUGGCUUACAGCUUCACAGAACCUCCAGACGAUGAAUUUGACGAUAGUCCGCCUCCUAUGAUGGUACCAAUGGCAGACAUAUUAAAUCAUGUGGCAAAAAAUAAUGCACAACUUGCUUUUGAAACAGAUGCAUUGAAAAUGGUAUCAACUAAAACAAUCAAAAAGGGAGAAGAAAUCUACAACACAUAUGGCCAGUUAGCUAAUUGGCAGCUUCUACAAAUGUAUGGUUUUGCAGAACAAUUCCCUAAUAAUCAUUAUGAUACUGUAGAUAUACCUAUAUCAGUUGUAUUGGAAGCUGCCAAAGAAUUACCAAUAAACACUGAAGCGUUACUAAAAGACAAGACAAAUUUCCUCAUUGAUAUGGAACUGAUGAUAAGAGAUGGUAGUUUUGUUGUUGGAGUCUCAGGUGUUUUAACAGAAGAUGAGAUGUACCAGGUGAUACGGGUUUUAUUAAUGAAUGAAAAAGAAUACAAAGAACAUAAGGAGAAAGAUGGAUGGAGUGAAGAUGAAGAGGAGGAAGAAGAAGAAAGUUUAGAAUUUGAGGCAAUUAAGAAAUUACCAGAGAAAUGGAAGAAAUUUUUAUGCAGCUGUGCUAAGAAAACACAGAAUUUAUAUCAGACAACAUUGGAGGAGGAGAAAUCUCAAUUACUAAAGGCUCAAACAUUAUCAUCAAGACAGCUCUAUUCUUUGUAUACUACUCAGGGACAAAAACAAAUACUACAGCAAAUUGUACAGGCUACCAGUUAAUAAAUGUUGUACUUUU